UCCUGUUAUUUUGUUCCCACGUUUUUUCACAGAAUAUGUUAAAAAAAAAAGACAGAAGCACAGAAGGGCCGAGCUUGGAAAAAACCUAGAGAAUAACAACAAGAAGGAUCACUGAAAAAAAACUCUGUGUAUUUGACAUUCGAAUUUUAACUUUUUGGAGGGGCAGAAAUUUUUGGAAGAGGACAAUUAAGAAAAAAAAAAUCUGAAAUGCAAACUUGAUUUUUCUUCCCAAUUCUGUGUUUGUGAAAAAAGAAAAACGUGACUGAGGAAUAGAAAAAAAACUGAUAUAUAAGAAAUUAAAUAAGGGAAGGAGGAAAGAAGAUAAAAGAGAACAAGGAAACACAGUGGACACGGACUAACUUUUAUUUAUGAUGCUGUGUGAAGAGUGAAAAAGAGAAAGAACGAAAGAGGAAAAAGAAGAAAGAAAAAAUAGAAGGAAAAAAGAAAAAGAGAAAACAGGAUUAAAACUAGAUCUUUUUUUAUGAAAGGUAAAAAAGAGCGAUAGAACUAAAAAAUUAUUUAGCACGAAAGGAACGUCAAAAAAAGUGUAAAAGCAACAAAGGAUAAAAAAAAGAAAAAAGAAAAAAAACAGGAUAUAAACUAAUAUUUUUUUUCUGAAAGUUAAAAGUGACAGAACGUAAAAAUGAAAUAGAACGAGAGGAAGGUUAAAAAAAAGUGUAAACAAGAUUAAAAGAAAAGAAAAAAGAAUCAGAAUGUGAACUAAAUCUUCUUUUUUAUAGUGAGUGAGACGAAAAAAAAAAGACCGGCUGAAAGAAGCAAAACAAAUAAAAAGAGAAACGAGAGAAAGAAAAAACAAGGAAAACGAGAGACAGGAAGUGGACAAAUAUCACCGAAACGUGGGAAAUGAAAAUAAGAAAUGGUAAAGAGUGAUUAGAAAAAAACUGAAAAGAAAUACAAAAUAGAAAAAUAAAAAAAGAAGAGAGAAGGGAAAUCAAAAUAUCGUGAACUGUGAACUUUCUCCUCCUCUCCGUAGUGUUGGAAUUUAACUUGAGAAGGCGAAAAUGAUACUAAUGAAAAAAGUGACGAAGUAGAAAGAAUAUUAAAAGGAAAUAUGAAGAGGAAAUUGACCUUUUAAAUCCGAAUAAAUAAAAUUGCCACCCUAAAAAAAAGCAGACAAGUAAAGAAAAGAAAAACAGUAAGAGAAAAUAGAGGGACCAAAGAUAUUUAUGAGCUCUGUGCACUGGCUUCACAGAGUUUUGAUAAAGAAAGUAAAAAAAAUAGGAAGAAAAUAAAAAUAUGAACAGAAUUUUGAACUGAGAAGUGAAAAAUAAACACCCAGAAAACAGGAAAGUAAUCUUAACUAAAAACAAAAAUAAGUUAGUUAGAAAAAUAUCAGAAAAUAGAAAAAUACAAGAAAGUGUCACUCGUCCUCCUGAAAAAAAAAGAGAAGAAAAGAAAGAAAAGGAAGAGAAGAGAGGAAAAACAACAGAGGAGAAGAAGAAGAAAACAAGAGAAGAGAGGGGCAAGAAAAAGGAAAAGAAAAAAGGAAAUAAAGAAAGGAAAAAGAAAACGAAUGAUAAAACAGAAAACGUAACUUGGGAAACACUUUUGAGGGCUCACUCACUCACUGUUUCUUACCGCCCCUCCCCCCCAAAAAAAAAACUUUCCAAACAGUGAAACAAACAACACAAAGAGAAAACACAAACGACUCCAUAGCAACCGAGAGAAGUUUUGAAGCAGCAGACUGAACCAUGUUUCGAAACUCCUACAACGGCCCCUCCUCUUCCUCCUCCUCCUCCUCUUCCUCCUUCCUCCUCCUCCUCCUCCUCUCCUUCCCUCUCCUCAUCGCCCUCGUUCUCUUCCACCCCAGAGAAGCUUUAGGUGAAACGCUCCCCAUGACACCUGCCGCAGCCUCCCACACGCCGCUAAUUAGAAGAAGUCAUCAGGGCACUGAAGGGCGGCAGCAAGACAGACAAGGAGGGGAGGAGGAUGGGGAGGAGCAGGAUGGGGAGGCGAAGUGGGGAGGACGCCCGCACCCCUACUUCAGCCAAACCCCAACCAACCUCACCGUGAUCUCAGGACAGACCGCCUUCCUCCCCUGCCGAGUCCAUAUGCUUGGGGAGCGUUCGGUGACGUGGAUGAGGGCGCGGGACCUGCACAUCCUGACGGUCGGCUUCAUCACCUACACGGCCGACCAGCGCUUCCAGGUUCUCCACAGCCCCCGGACAGAUGAUUGGACACUACAGAUACAGACCAGCCAGCCACGAGACGCCGGCAGGUACACGUGUCAGGUGAACUCGGACCCCAAGAUUGUGCGGGAUGUGUAUCUUAGCGUGACAGACAAGCGAUUCCUCGACGGGAGACUUUACAAGAUGCCGCCCACCGCAGGAGAGAAAGACCCCCAGUUCGGUACCCACAUCGUCGGGGGCGCCACAAGGGUUCUACAGGCCGGGUCAUCGCUGGUCCUGGAGUGCGUGGUAACCCAUACUGGCGCGCCGCCCCCCGCUGUCAUCUGGCUAAGGAAUGACCUCCCCCUCCUGUUCGAUUCCCCGCGAGGUGGUGUGUCUCUGCAGGUGGAGAAGUCCCAGGAGCACACCACUUCCCGCCUCUCGCUGGCAGCCGUCCGGGACCAAGACUCCGCAAACUACACUUGUCUCCCCGUCAACUCCACCGCCGCCGCCUCCGUCGCCGUGCACGUCAACUCCGCUGAUGAGUUAAGGGCGGCCGUGCAACAAGGGGGUCUGAGCUGCGCCCCCCCGCCCCCCACCGCCGCCCCCCACCACCACGAAUUGCUCUCACUGUUAAGGAUGGUGAUGAUGGUGGCGAUGGUGGUGAUGGUGACCUCGUGGACGUUAUGGCUCUCCUAG